GUGCAGGAACAUCUUGCUGACAUUCGCGUAGUUUGCGAUGACCUUCGUUUGAACCUGACCUGACCGUGGAACAGUGUUCUCUGGCCGGCAAUUAUAUAGUUAAUAUUAAAGUUCACCAGUUCCAUCCGUUUUCUUUAGUGGAAGAGAUCAUAAACGUUGACAGAAUAAAGAACAAUCAACAAAAUGUCGAGAGAACGAGCUUCCAGAAGGUUUUAUCGUGUAGAAAGUACCAAUGAUUUGUUCGAAUUCAUGGAUCGUGGCUACUCAGCCCAACAUGAAAAUCGAUGGAAUUUUGAAGUUGCUUGGGAAGCUGCCAACAAAGUGGGUGGCAUUUACACUGUAAUAAGAUCUAAAGCUUAUGUUUCAACUGAAGAAAUGGGUGAUCAAUAUUGUCUUAUUGGUCCAUAUAAGGAAUACUCAGCACGUACUGAAAUUGAAGAGGCUGACUUUCCUCCUCACAAUCCUUUACAACAAGCAGUACAAGUUCUACGUGAUCAAGGGUAUAAAAUUGUAACAGGAACAUGGUUGGUGGAUGGAAAUCCUCAAAUAAUUUUAUUUGAUAUCGGAAGUGCCGCCUGGAAAUUAGACGAAUAUAAACAAGAAUUAUGGAGUACUUGUAAUCUUGGAAUACCUCAUCUCGAUAUUGAAGCUAAUGAUGCCGUGAUUCUCGGAUAUUUAGUUUGUCAAUUUAUUACUGAAUUUAGAAAAGCAGCUGAAAACUAUUCAAGUGUUUCACCAAAAGUAGUCGUACAUUGCCAUGAAUGGCAAGCAGGUGUAGGAUUGAUUGCUCUGAGAACAAGACAUGUGGAUGUAGCCACGGUGUUCACCACUCAUGCUACACUUUUGGGUAGAUAUCUUUGUGCAGGAAAGACAGAUUUUUAUAACAACUUAGAUAAGUUCAGUGUUGAUGAAGAGGCAGGCAAGCGUCAGAUAUAUCAUAGAUAUUGUAUGGAACGUGCAGCUUCACAUCUAGCCCAUGUAUUUACAACUGUUUCGGACAUCACUGGUUUCGAAGCCGAACAUUUGCUUAAACGCAAACCUGAUAUUAUCACGCCAAAUGGAUUAAAUGUCAAGAAAUUUGCAGCACUGCACGAAUUUCAGAAUUUACAUGCUAUUAGUAAAGAAAAAAUACAUGAAUUUGUGCGAGGUCAUUUUUAUGGACAUUACGAUUUUGAUUUAGACAAAACGUUAUAUUUCUUCACCGCUGGUCGAUACGAAUUCGGAAACAAAGGCGCCGAUAUUUUCAUAGAAGCUCUAGCAAGAUUGAAUCAUUACUUAAAAUCAUCCAGACCUGAUUUAACAGUGGUCGCUUUCCUCAUCUUUCCUGCGAGAACCAAUAACUUCAAUGUUGAAUCUCUUCGUGGUCAUGCUGUAACUAAAUCUUUACGAGACACUAUCAGUGAUAUACAGCAGAAAAUAGGAAAACGGAUGUACGAAUUAUGCCUCUCCGGUCGUAUGCCCGAUGCUCAAGACUUAUUGCAAAAAGAGGAUACUAUUAAAAUAAAACGGUGUCUGUAUGCUCUUCAAAGGAAUGGACUACCACCCGUUACGACACAUAAUGUCGUCGAUGAUUGGAAUGAUCCAGUGCUAAAUGCUGUCAGAAGAUGUAAUCUUUUCAAUACCGUCCAUGAUCGCGUUAAGAUGGUGUUUCAUCCAGAAUUUCUGUCCUCGACAAAUCCGCUAUUCGGUCUCGAUUAUGAAGAGUUUGUCAGAGGAUGUCACUUGGGCGUUUUCCCCUCAUAUUAUGAACCCUGGGGAUAUACCCCGGCUGAAUGCACAGUUAUGGGUAUUCCUAGUAUUACUACCAAUUUAUCGGGAUUCGGAUGCUUUAUGGAGGAACAUAUAGCAGACCCAAUGAGUUACGGUAUUUACAUCGUCGAUAGACGUUACAUCAGCUUAGAAGGGAGCGUGCAGCAGCUUGCUCAGUACAUGUUCGACUUUGCGCGACUUAGUCGUCGUCAACGUAUCAUUCAGAGAAAUCGUACAGAACGUCUCAGCGAUCUCCUCGAUUGGCGAAAUCUUGGCAUUUAUUAUCGUCAAGCGAGAAUAAAAGCGUUGACUACUGUGUAUCCGGAAUUGGCAUCGGAAUAUGCAGAGGGUGGAAUUGGUCGAUUUAAUUAUCCUAGGCCAAUUAGCGAACCACCUUCUCCAUCAUCCUCACGGCAUACGACACCGGCUGCUUCUAUACAUGGUUCAGAUGACGAGGAUGAGGUCGAUGAUGAAAAAGAGUUAGAAGAAUUGAGGCAAUCAAACGGAAGAUAAAUAUAUGAAAAUGGAUAACAUAAAGCGACAAGGAUCUAAACUAAAAAAUAACGUACGAUAAGAUUCAAGAUAAUAUGAAGUGGAAUACAUAGUGCUAAAACAAUUGAUUCCUCCAUAAAAUGUAUAUAUCUAUAUAUACUUAAAUUUCAAAUGAUUGUUAUUGCUGUCUGCCACUGCCAUGCAAAAGAAAAAUAGUUAAGAAUGUGAAACUACAUGCAGCAAUAAUGGUAAAGUUCUGGUUCAUAAUUAUGAUCAUUAUGCAAUAAUAUUAUUACUUUUUAUUAAAGCUUUAUAUUUCGUUAUGG